CUCACUUCUCUCCAGCUCUAUCUAUACAUAUAUAUACUAAUACUGCCUUGAAGAAGAUGAGGCUCUUCGAAUAUUCUUCUUUUUCUUCAAAACCCAUCUUCUCUGUUGUUAAUUUGUUUGUGUAUGGUGCAUAUCUCUUGGCGACGAUUGAGAAUGUAAAUGGGUUCGAAGGUUUGAUACAGCUCCCAACAUCUGGGUCCUUUUCUAUCAACAAAUCUGGACCUCUCAUUGUAAAUGUUACUGAUUUUGGAGCUGUAGGGGAUGGCAUUACUGACGACACUAAUGCUUUUCAGGAUGCCUGGGAAAUAGCCUGUUCUUCACGGUCUCGAGCAAAUAUUGUUGUUCCUGAUGGACAGUUCAUUGUUGGACCAAUUAAUUUUACUGGACCUUGCACAUCAAAGGUGACUCUGAGGGUCUUGGGAUGUAUUGUUGCACCAGAAGAUCCUAAGGUCUGGGAUGGUUUUGAUAAAAAUAAAUGGCUCUAUUUCGUCAAAGUGAAACACUUGAGUGUAGAAGGGGGAGGAACAAUAAAUGGGAUGGGUCAUAGAUGGUGGGCUGAGUCUUGCAAGAUCAACAAAACAAAUCCUUGUCAACAUGCUCCAAAGGCAAUGACCUUCCACAGAUGUAAUUACUUGAGAGUCAAUGGCAUCGUGAUGCUAAAUAGUCAACAAAUGCACUUAGCGUUUACCAGUUGUGUCAAGGUCACAGUUUCCCGUCUUAAGAUCUUAGCACCUUCCGGUAGCCCUAACACUGAUGGAAUUCAUAUCAGUGCAUCUACACAUGUUACUGUCAAGGAGUGCACUAUUGGCACAGGAGAUGACUGCAUAUCCAUAGUUGGAAACUCCUCACGGAUUCGUAUCACAAACAUUACUUGUGGUCCAGGCCAUGGUAUAAGUAUUGGAAGCUUGGGAAAAUCAAAUUCAUGGGCUAAUGUGCAUGAUGUUAGUGUGAGAGGAGCAUUUCUUUCGAAUACAGAGAACGGGGCGAGGAUUAAAACAUGGCAGGGAGGUAGCGGGUUUGUGAGGAAGAUUAUUUAUGAGAACCUAAUGAUGGAGAAUGUCUCAAAUCCAAUUAUAAUAGAUCAGUAUUACUGCGACUCAACGAAGCCAUGUUCAAACCAGACUUCAGCUGUUGGUAUCAGUAGAGUGUCUUUUGCAAGAAUUAAAGGAACUUCAGCUACCAAAGAGGCAAUACGAUUUGCCUGCAGCGAUAGCUCCCCGUGUAGGAACUUAUAUUUGCAGGAUAUUGAACUCGUUUCACCCUCUGGUGGAAGUACAUCAUCUUUCUGUUGGGAGGCCUAUGGCUCCACCACAGGGGACGUCUACCCUCCUCCCUGUUUUCCUUCUGCUAAAACUAUAACUCAACCUGUGAUCCAGCACAGCAACUUUACUUCCAUGUGACAACCUUUGUGGUUUCUGUUAUAAUACAUGGAUUGAUUGUCUGAGACAUUAUUAUGGUAACAGGGAUGAGAAAACCGAUAACAAGUCCAAGUAGAGAUGCCAUUUUAAUUCAUUGAUCAGCUUCUUGAUUUUGUGUUAUGGUAUAGGUAACAUUCUGUGAGUUGUCUUUUUAAGUAUAAUAAUAAUAUAUUUUCACAUGGUUGGAUUUGAAA